ACAGUCUUCAUAAAGGUUAAGUUGACUGCCAUCUCUGACAAAAGUAUAAGAUCUGAGACCUCAGACCUUAUAUUCGGCUAUUCAAACACGUUUGUCAUUUCUUCCCAUAGGGAUGCCUGGACGACCGAGUUCUAUGCAUUUGGUCCGGUCUCCAAAAAAGUUACAUGGCAGCUUUAAAGCUGUCAUUCUGAAAUGUUUCAGAUGAAGGGCAUAGCUCGGAUUAAUUUCAAAAAUAAGAUUUACCCUUAAAUUCAAUUGUCCCUUGGAAGACAAUUGUCGUUUCACGCAAAGUUAACCUGGGGACCCGAGGUAGGCGAGACUCAGCAGAGUCACUUCCCUUUGAUAUUGACACAGCAUAGUUCAAUGGCUGAAUAAAGAUCUCUAGCUCAAGCCGUUUACAUUGAAGAAAAAUGGCCACAAUUCCGGGGUGUUGCAAAAUACUUAGCAAAUGAAGGGGUGUCUCUAGAGGAAUGCGACAUCUGUCUGGUCGGCUUAGUUCAUUGAUUAACGUUAUAUGAACCAGCAAAUAUUUGCGAGAUGGAUGUCUUGCUUCCUCUUCCGUAAUCUGGUACCGGUAGGAGUUCGUGUCCGCUAAGCCGGGUAACGUCACUUCUCCGGGAAGAGAAGAGCAAAAUACGGAUGCCGAAUGGAAUAACAAAACAGUAGUUGGUCCAGAAUCAGGUUGCCCUUGGAGAUGGGAGACUGAUCUGACAUAAUGUGAUUGGCCAGCCUGAGACUGAAGCUUCCCUGACUCUUCCCCCAGCGAAUGUAGAACACCAAAUGCCUGCUGACGAGCAGUCUGCCCCCUCUGCUCAAGAUGCAGAGCAGGGUCAGACAGAUCCAAAGAAGGAGAUGGACACUGUUAGCAGGGGGGGGAGGGAGGAGGAGCAGCCCGGGCCGUCCAGAGUUCCUCCCCCCAGACAGGGCUACUGCAGCUGCUGCCAGAUACUCUACAACAACGUGGAGCAGCACAUCCUAAGCCCCAGACACAGGGAGGUGGUUCAUAGUACUCGCACCUACGUCCCCUCUGGAAGCCUGAUGGAGAGAUUCUUAUCUGACGUCAUCCAGCAUCACCCGCACCGCUACAACGACCCUCGCCCCACCCACGCUGACCUGCCAUCUCUGAGCAGCCCGCUGGUUCCCAGGGAGGAGCUAUUGGAUCUCUGCGCCAGCAACGAUGACGGGGCGUCGUUCGGAACCCGAGAGCACAUGCCCAGCUCUGACGACUCUUCCUGUCAGCUCGUUUACGUACAGGAUGCGGAUGUUGCCUCGGAAACAAGGACCAGCCAACCAGAAGAAGGUAGAGGGGGAAAUGUGGGGUCAGAGAGGUUAACCCCAACUGCUCCAGACCAGGAUAUAAGACCAAGUUCUGAGGAAGGGACUCACUCACACACACCUUCCCCGGACCACUUACCAACACACCCCACGAGACCUUGUAGCCAGAAGCAAACCCCUCCUCCGCUCCACCGGAAAGCACACAGGAAGACCAACCGGCGGAGAGAGAGAGGGAGCAACUCCUCUUCCUCCUUCCAUCCUCCCUGCUCCCCCGCUUCUCCACAGUUGUGUGCUACCCCAACGGACCAGAUAACCCAGGAAACACCAGAGAACCAGCCUCCCUACAGGCCGAGGGACCGGACCCCAGACCCCAAGCCCCGGACGGUAAACACUGGCUGGGCCGCGUGGGCGGGGGUGCCCCCAUGGAGGCGGAGGGAGACCCAGAAGGAGCAGGCGUUCUCCAGUGACCACUCCGACCCUGAGGGGGACACGAUAGAGGAGGUGAUCCAGAGACACUGCUAUGGCCGCAGUCCCACACAACACCACCAGGGGGACCACAACAUAUGGACAGGGGGGGAGAGAGGAGAGGCAAGGGGGGAUACGGACAGCUUCCACCUUAGCCUCCCUGGCUCACUGGGAGUGGGUUCGGGAUCAGAUGAGGACUGGGAUACCCCUGUGCAGGUGGCUAUUGGGAGGGGGCAGGAGCGGAGGAAGGACAUCCCUGUGGUCGUGGGCUUAAGGCAGGGUGGAGGGGAGCGGGAGGGCAGGGCCCUGGCCUGUCUCAUGGAGGUACAGGUGAACAUGGAGGACCAGAUGUACACCAGCCAGCUGGAUUCUGCCCUCAACCCUGAGACUAGGACAGCGGGGGAGGCAGGGAUGGGGGAGACAGAGGGAGAAAUGGAACGAACAGUGGAGGAGAUUCUCCCUGCACUCCCCCACAUCCCUGUGUCCUUCCUAGGGAAGACGUGGACCCAGGUGCUGCUGGAGGACGAGCAGAAGGUGGAGAACAUGGUCCGAGAGUUCCGACAAGGAAGGUUCAUCUGCUACUUCAAAAACGAAUCCCUCUCCAGGCAUGGGAAGCGGAGCAGCAGAGAUAUGGAGCGUGGCCAGAAGGAGGGACUGGAAGAUGGGGGGUGGGUUCCCCUUGGUGACCAUGACAAUGAAGAUGACGACCCAGAAUGCCACAGGAGGGGGAGGGAGGUGUUUAGUCGGAGGAAAGUUAGUAGGAGUUAUCGCCUGGCGUCCAGGUGUCAGGUGGUCAAAGUGAGUCACGGGACACAGACUACAGCAGCCAUCAUCCCCACCAUCCGACAGAGAACACUGGACCAGACGGGCACAUCCCCGGACAUCCUAACGCUGCCCUGUCAGGACCCCGGCGUUGACCAGGAGAAGACCCCAGAGAUGAAGACAAGGCUGUGCUCUCUCCGCCUGCCUGUCUCCUACUCCCGCAUCAUGACCCCCCUGCAGCCCAAAACCACCCUGAUCUAUGUCCUCUCCUCCCCCGAAACUCCUCCCUUUGACCCCAAGCCCCGCCUCAGACCUAUCGCCAGGGGCAACCGCGGCAGGAAAAGGUCAUGUGACGGGUGUGAAGGCGACGUGGGGGCCAAGGUCAAAUACAAAAGGGUUCCUCUGAGGUACUAUGACCCUGCCACACACCGCAUUCUGAAGACCCCCCCCAAGGGCUUGAAUCUUACCCCCUCCUCCUCUGGCCUCCCCAGACCCCCCCAGUCCCACGUGGUCAGACAACUGUUCAGGAGCCUGAGCCCAGACAUCAAUACAGAGAGACAGGGGGGAGAGGGAGGGAGAGAUGGGUCGGGGGGGAGGAGGAGGGGUCGUAGUGGGGACAGUGUGGCGUCGGGGUCACUCUUAGAGGCAGGGGGGUCAUUUGGAGCUGAAGGUCAGGGUUCAUCGGAGGCAGGGUCAUCUGUGACUACGCCCUUCAGCCGCUCCUCUCUGUCCACUAGCAGCCGAUUUCUACUGAGCACGCUCUCUCCCGACACAAACUCUAACCCAGAAGUGACCCGGCAGCGGAGGCGGAGAGGAGGAGAACGGAAGUUAAAGACGGACCGACCUCUAACUCCUGAGAAAGACCACUCUCCUCCGUACAGGCCUUGGACAAGAGGGGGUAGGGGAGAACGGCAACCAGCAAGACGCAGCUCCAAAAGGGGGCGACCACCUCAAAUCAGCCCUCCACCUAAACCCCCACCACCCCAGGACCUCUCUCCCACAGUCCGGUCCAGGAAAGGGUCCUCGAGACGGGUCGCAGAGUGUAAGAAACUCCCAAGGCCCAAAAGCCCAGCCAGGGGGGUCACUUCGACCCCUCUGAAACAGGCCAUCAGAACACCAAGCCGCCGGUCGUCCCCCCGACACACCCCUGCUCCACUGCCCACCCGAACACUGAGGAGGAGCGUGAGGAGAUGACGGGAUGCAUCUCAACAGUCUACAGGGGCUUCCUUGCCUUGUCUCCUUUCCUCCAGAUACACUGACAUGAAAUAAAAUGGGUGUGUUUAGCAGGGUGAGGAGAUGACGGGAUGCAUCUCAACAGUCUACAGGGGCUUCCUUUCCUUGUCUCCUUUCCUCCAGAUACACUGACAUGAAAUAAAAUGGGUGUGUUUAGCAGGGUGAGGAGAUGACGGGAUGCAUCUCAACAGUCUACAGGGGCUUCCUUUCCUUGUCUCCUUUCCUCCAGAUACACUGACAUGAAAUAAAAUGGGUGUGUUUAGCAGGGUGAGGAGAUGACGGGAUGCAUCUCAACAGUCUACAGGGGCUUCCUUUCCUUGUCUCCUUUCCUCCAGAUACACUGACAUGAAAUAAAAUGGGUGUGUUUAGCAGGGUGAAUGUUCAUAAUGUAGCAGAUACAAAUGUUACUACUUCACAUGAUAAGAGCUUUGUCUGCUCCACUUCAUUACAAUUCUACCUGAAACGUUGACUGUUUCCACAUUGCUUUCUCCUGUCCUGCUCUCAGUGCAGAUGAAGGAGAGGAGACGAGGAGCAUCUAUUGAGAUGUACCCUGGCUCUCUGAAGAGACGGGGUGAGAGAGAGAAUGUAGAGAAGUGGAGGAGAGAUUGCCUCUUCCUCUCUCCUCUGCUUCCCAUCCUUCUCUCAUACGGUCAUGUUUUGCACAGAAACCAGCAGCAGAAUAGUUAGCAGGAUGUUUGUCAAGCUGUCUGUUUUGACAUGGUGGUUGUUGUGCUCUCAGUUUUAUUUUUUACAAUCAGGAUAUUUUUUUACGUUUAUAAGGACUUUGUCAAAAGCUUGUUUAUUUAAUAAAUAAUGUACAUGAAUUAAAA